AUGUCGGGCGAGACGGCGGAUACCUCGUCUUCAACAGGGGAUGACGACACCUCCCCUUCAUCCCUCCUUGAAGACCUUGUCGAGGCGGUAGACGGUGUUGUAGAUGGGGAAGAGGGUCAGCUCUCACCCCAUCGAUGCAAGAAUCGUAUGCUCGAAGACGUAGAAGCAGUUCUCGACAAAUUAUCCGCCGGCUGGAAAUACCACGUCUCAAAUACGGAACAGAUCCGCGAGGCUUGGGCUCAAUUUGAUGAGUAUUCCACGUUCAUCUGCCGGCAGAUGACUGCCGAGGAGACGUCAACGCGGAUCCUGUCGGAGACGACGGCCGACAUGGAGGAGGCCGACACGGCGGCCAUAUUUUCCGCGAUACUCCACAAGACGCCUGGGACAUCACAGCUACGAUUGACGCCUAUUGACCUGGGCCCGCUGGGGGUUACGGUAGCGGCGGAUCCGCCCGAGACCACCCCACUGCUACCGGCACUCGUCAAUUUCCCGAGGAGACCACGGGAGCAAGAGGACGAGGAAGGAGCAGGAGAAGACCAAGAAGAAGCCGAAGACCACGGCCUCAACGCUUACCUCCUACCGCAUCAACCACACAACGCUACGCUACUCCGAACGGUCAACGACACGACCCAGAUGCCUUCGAAUGUUUUUGGGGCUAUCGUUGGCGGGCUGCUGAAUACUGAUCUGGCUCUCGUAGGCCCUCCCACCAACGUCAGAGUUCAAGCGACGUCGAACAGUUCAGCCGUCGUGGAAUGGGAUUUUGAGGGGGAACAGGUUGACGGUUUCGUCAUCAAGUACAUCCACGAGCCCCGGGGUACCAAGGAUACCGAGAGAUGGACAGCCCGAACGGUGAUGUCCCCUUCCGCGCGCCACCUCGAAAUCGGCCAGCUCACUGCUCACAAGCCCUACGCUUUUUGCGUGCUGGCGAUUCGGCAGAAUCGCCAAGGCUCGUGUUCCGACCCACCGGCCACCAUCUCCUCUCUCGCCCCCACCCACAUGGUCCGCAGCCUGCGCGUCAAGUGGAAGACCAGCAACUCGGUCAUGUUGGCGUGGGACUACGACCCUCCCGGCCGGUUCGCCGGCUUCUACUUGAACCACACCGGCAAGAAGGAGUACCUCGAUCAGCAGCUGGCGGCCAAGAGCCUCUACACCCCGGGAUUCCGGCAUGAAACGGAUCCGGCGGCUCGGGAAUAUUUGUGGAUCAACCUGCGACCGUACAUGCGCUACACAUUCCAAGUGGGCGUCAGGGGGGAGAGCGCCAAGCAGUUCUGGCCAAAGGAGGUGAUCGUCGUCACCGAUCCGACUGGGCCACCACUUGUCAACGCACCAAUGAUAGAUUCGCCGCCGGAAUGGGUGAAGCCUGGACAGCUGGCCAUCACGCCGAGCCCCGCCAGCGAAGAGUACGGCCCGAUCAGCCACUACUGGAUCAUCGUAAUCCCCGGCAAUAUUUCUUACGAGCACGUCGCGAACAUGGAACCCCGGGAUAUGGAGCUCGCCACGAACGAGAAACGCUCCCAACUCGCCCGCCAAAUAUCGGCCCAACCCACGAAGAAAAUCAAGAAACACGUACGAUUCUCGGAAGAGGUGCAAACGCAUGAAUAUCCGGCUGAAGUGGACAGGAGAGAGAGGAGGGCGCUGUCGUCGCACACAAAUGGCGUCUAUAUCACGGCCAAAAUCAACGCCGAGGCGAUGCGGUCGUUACAUCAGGCCGGCAGUCGAUUUGUCGUUGGCGAUGAAAAGGUGUACGAGGGGAUCACGAACUACCCGCUGGAGCCCAGCCAGAAAUACCGGCUGAUGAUGCGAGCGUUUGCCGCCGAGCAGAAGGCGCCAAAGUGGGAACACCGCCCGCCCAUGUCCGAAAAGACGCUGAAGAUGUACACCGACUCGCCCCCGUCUGACAUCUUUCACACGCCGCAAGCCCUCACCAAGGGUCGCGGCGCGACAGGCAUGUGGUUUAUCGGGCCGGCCGUUGCGCUAUUUGUCAUCGCCAUCAUCGUGUUUAUGCUGGUGUGCUGGUGGCUCCGAUGCAGCCGGAAACGCCUCCCCCCUAACCAUCGUCACGGCUCGAUCACAAAAGUCGCUCUCGGAGGCCCGAUCAACGGAAUUCCCUCCGAGACCAGCAAAUUGCUACCCAACGACGUCUACGGGAAUGGGACGCAAAGGAUGGUCAAUCCGUAUGAACAGUUGAAUGGCCAGAUGGAAUCCACGAUGGACGAUUAUGGAAUGACACUACAAAGUCGGCAAAACGGCACGCUACGCAAGGAUACGAUCAACAACUACGCCCCACUGCCCAUACACACCUCGCUGAUGCCGACGAUGACGACAAGUCAAUCGGGGAGCCACUCGGCGAUCCCGAUCAGUCAGCUGGCACCGCAUAUCGAUAGGUUACGCGGAAAUGAUGGGCUUGGAUUCCAGCAGGAAUUCGAAUCAAUCGACACGAGCCAACAAUACUCAUGGGACCACUCGAACAACGAGUACAACAAACACAAAAACCGAUAUGCAAACGUGGUCGCCUACGACCAUUCGAGAGUGAUCCUGUGCUCCCUGGACGGCCAGCCCGGCUCCGACUACAUCAACGCCAACUACAUCGACGGGUACGAAAAGCCGAAGGCGUACAUCGCCACGCAGGGGCCGUUGCCCGAGACGUUCGACGCGUUCUGGAGAAUGGUCUGGGAAGAAGGAUCAGCAAUGAUCGUCAUGCUCACAAACCUGGAAGAGCGAAGCCGAGUGAAAUGUGACCAAUACUGGCCGAACCGCGGGAGCAUGACCUACGGUAUCAUCCAGGUGACCAUCCUCGACACGUCCGUCUUUGCCCACUACACCCUGCGCACAUUCCGCGUACAGGCCGUCGGCGAGCCAUUGAUUCGCGAAGUCAAACAACUACAGUACACGGCGUGGCCGGAUCACGGCGUACCCGAUCACCCGACCCCCUUCCUCGUUUUCUUGAAGCGAGUCCGGACGCUAAACCCUCCAGAUGCAGGCCCGAUCGUCAGCCAUUGCAGUGCUGGCAUCGGCCGCACCGGCGCCUUCAUCGCCAUCGACAUCAUGCUCGAACGGUUACGCUAUGAAAAUACGGUAGAUGUGUAUGGGUGUGUGACGGUGUUGCGGGGACAGAGAAGUUAUAUGGUCCAGACGGAAGACCAAUACAUGUUCAUCCACGACGCCGUCCUGGACGCGGUCAACAGCGGCUCGACCGAGGUGCCGGCCAAUCGGCUCUACCAGCACGUCCAGGCCCUGUCUCACACACAGAAUUUGGACGUGGGAUCCGGGAUUGACGUCGAGUACAGGCACCUCUCGACGAUGAAGACGACCACCUCAAAAACGAACGUCGCCAGCCUGGCCUGCAAUCGACACAAAAAUCGCCAAUUCGCGGCCGUGCCCUACGACACGUCACGCGUCAUCCUGCACAUGUUCCCCGGCGUCGAGGGCAGCGACUACAUUAAUGCGUCGUGGCUGGAUGGGUAUAGGGAACGGAACGCGUACAUCGGUACCCAAGGCCCCCUCUCAGCCACCGUCGAAGAUUUCUGGAGAAUGAUCUGGGAGACGGAGGCCGCCAUCGUGGUCAUGCUCACCAAGACGAUGGAGGCGGGCAGGGAAUGGAGCUGUGAAUAUUGGCCCCAUGAGACGGGCGUCCAGAUUGGAGCCGUCAUCGUCGAGCCGGUCGCCGAGUACAACAUGCCUCAAUAUAUUCUGCGGGAAUUCAGGAUAUCUGAUCCGCAGUCGACCACCUCGCGCACCGUCCGCCACUUCCAGUACACGGAAUGGCCGGAGCAGGGCGUUCCCCGAUCCGCCGACACCUUCCUCGACUUCAUCCAGCAGGUGCACCGUACGAAGGCCCAAUUCGGUGUCGUCGGCCCGAUGGUGGUGCAUUGUGGUGGUGGAGCUGUGAGGAGCGGCGUCUUCAUCGCCCUCGCUCUCCUCAUCGACAGAAUACACGAGGAGCACGUUGUUGACGUCUUCACCACGGUCAAACAGCUCCGUACCCAACGCUCAAACAUGGUCGGCGACAAGGAGCACUACCACUUUUUGUAUCAGGCGGUCGUCGAGUACCUGGCCGCCUACGAUCAAUCCGCCUUCUCC